AACGAAUAACGAACGCAAAAUUAAAACAGUCCUUCCAUUCGAAGCAAAAUGUAACGUAAAUGUAACGUAAUUAAUUAACAUAAAUUGAUGAAAUAAUGAAUGCAUUCGUGGCUGUAAAAAUUCUGAACCCUUAAAAAGUCUCGACUAGCCAUAUUUAACUCCACAGUAGGCGGCCAGGCAUUUAACUUCGACUCUAUUAAUAGGAUAUUUGAACGUUUCUAGACUUUACCCUCGCCACACACGUGAAUCUCCACACCACCACUCGGACCUAUUGAAUUCACCCGAGACUAGAUUUUUCAAUCGAUCUCACCGGGAAUCAGUAAAAAUAAUGUCUGGCGAGGACAUUUGCGCGGUGUGUCAGCAGCCGGCACAACAAAAGUGUAGCGCUUGCAAGCUCGUAUUUUAUUGUAGUCGUGAGCAUCAAAAGUGUCACUGGAAGGAACAUGCGAGCCACUGCAGGCCCUUUAAACUCGACAGGGAUGACGUCCUUGGGAGGCACUACAUUGCAACGAGGAAAAUCGAAAAGGGGGAGGCGAUUCUGCGGGAAAGGACACCUCUAGUCGCUGGACCCCCGGUGGACACUCCUCCAGUCUGCCUUGGAUGCUACGUCGUCUUGAGGGGUAACAAUGCUAAAGCCUGUGACAAGUGCGGAUGGCCUUUGUGCAACGACUGCCAGGAACACGGGGGUGAAUGCCAGUUCACCCUUCGAUUUCGAGAUUCUAAGGUGUCCAUCACUGAAUUUGGCUGUCCUCACCCGACGUACAGAUGUAUCAAUAUCAUCCGGGCCCUGGCGCUGCGGGAAACCGACCCCAAGGCUUAUCAACGCUUCCUCGAGCUCCAGGGACACAGCCCCACCGACGAUGACUCCCUCGAGGGCAAUCGAGGGGAGGAGCACAGGGCGUUAGCGAGUUUCGUUAAACGAUUUUUCAAGAUCGAUCACAUAAAGCCGGAGGAGAUCAUUAAAAUUGCUGGGAUUCUCCAGAUCAAUGGACAUGAGGUGCCUACUACUGAGCCCCCUCAUAUCGCGGUGUACGACGCAGCUUCAUAUUUCGAACACAGUUGUCAUGCGAAUAGUUCGAAGAGUUUUACGGAGAAGGAUGGGCUCAUUAUCAGAGCUGCCGUUACAAUUAAUAAAGGGGAUCAUAUCAGCAUGUGCUAUACUGACCCUCUCUGGGGGGUCACUAACAGACGUCAUUAUCUACUGCAAACGAAGUUUUUCCAUUGUCAAUGUACUCGAUGCUCCGAUCCAACUGAAUUUGGAACGAUGUACAAUGCAUUAAAAUGCAGCAGAAGCAAUUGCGGUGGGACUGUGCUACCAUCAACAUUCAUAGUCGAGGACAAUGAAAGAUUCCCAAAUUAUUCUUGCAAUAAAUGCGAUGAGACUAUGACCUGGCAAGCGGUUGAUGUCAAGCUGGAGCAGAUUGGCAUUGAAUUGGCGUCGAUGAAGAAAAAUGAUGUCAACGAAUGCAUCAAGUUUUUGAAUAAAUACUCCAAGGUUCUCCAUGAGAAUCAUUUCUAUAUGGUCGAUGUAAAACUGGCGAUGUCGCAGAUGAUCGGACAGGAGGCGGGUGGACUGGCUGCUGUCGGCGAUGAGAUGCUCAACGAAAAAAUAUCUUUGUGCAAAAAACUGGACGAACUCUUUCGCAUUCUCAUGCCAGCUGAAAAUCGUCUCAGGGGGUUGGUGCUCUUCGAAGUACAUGCGGCGAUAGCUGAAUUCGGAAGGCGACAGGGGCCGGAGCAACUCCGAGGGAUGUUAAUGCUGUCGCAGAAGGCACUGCGAGAGGCUUAUGAACUGCUUCGAUACGAACCUGAUAUUCUACCUGAAGGAAAAAUCGCUCGCAUAGCUCAGAAAAAUCUCCUCGAAAUGGACACAAUCAUCAAAACCCUCUGCCAGAACGCCGCUACACCGAUGUGAAAAUGAUCAGACAAUUAUACAUAAAAGUAAUACAUAUUAUUCAAUCAAUUAAUAUCGAUCAAUCAAUUUGACUAUUUCCUGAAUGAAAUAAUAAUGACAAUUGUUCGAAUAAAAUUUCUGAGUCUUCAAUUUUUA